CAUCCAAGACAGUAAUUUUGCCGCUGAUUGCCUUGCUUGUUGUCGCACUGCAAACAUCCACUUCCUCCGACGACAACCUCAAGUCCAGCAUGCGAUAACGUCAAUCCUCCACCACAACCUCACCAAAACCGACAAUCCUCCCGCAAUUAUUUGGCUCUUGAUCAACACUCUACAGCUAGUACCCAAGAUCCCGAAACUUCAGAAAGAUGGGCAAUCUCUGCGGCAAAGAAUCCAAAGACAACUUCUCUCAACCCGGACGAACAUUAUCCUCUGCGCCCCCUCAAAACCAAAAGCCCAUCUCCUCACUACCAAAGAAAGUCGGCGGGCCACCACGAACACUAGGCUCCGCAUCGACAGCGCCGGAAGCAGGAGGGAGCGCGGCGGAGGAUGCGAGACGGAAAGCUGCGGAAGCUGCUGAGGCUCGCGCAAACGCAGCGAAUAAACCGAAAGGAAAGUUGGGGAGUCAGUUAGCGGAACAGAAGAAGCAGACAAGGACGGAUACAUUGGAUGCGGCGAGUCGGGAUGAACUUAGGAUGAGAGAUGCAGAUGCAGGGCAGGAAGCCAGGGUGUACAACUGAAUGAUUCAAUGAUUCACGAGCAUACAAAGAUCACAUAGGCGGGCGUUUUGAGUAUUUGAGUGCGGGGGCAGGGUGAGA